CAGAUUUCAAGAGGCCUAUAUUCUAUAGCCAGUGCUCUAUAAUUUCAACCUUACUUACUUAUUAUUACUCAGCUAUAUCACUAUGCCAUCUAAAUCAUCAUCAGUUAUGGCAAAGAGGCUUGUUUUCUUCGGAGCGGCUCAGGUCGGCAAGUCGGCAAUCAUCAGACGCUUUGUCAGUCAGACUUUCUCAGAGCAAUACAACCCAACCAUUGAAGAUAUGUUUGAAAUGCCGAUCGAUUACGAUGGCAAAGAAGUUAAUCUUCAAAUUCUUGAUACCAGUGGCAGCUUUAAGUUUCCUGCAAUGCAUCAACUGGCCCUCAACAACGGUGAUAUAUUCGUCAUCGUAUAUUCAACUGACGACAUCUUGUCCUACCACGAAGCCCUUGCAACCUGCGACGAGAUAGCGGAAAAGAGAGGCCCCGGAAUGCCCAUCGUCGUCGUGGCAAACAAGAACGAUCUGGAAAAGAGACAAGUUGGAAAGGCUGAGGCAGAACUUAUGUUUUGUCAAUGGAACACAUAUCACGUAGAAAGCUCGGCCAAAGAAGAGAACUCGAUCGCACAAAUCUUUACGAGAUGCCUGUCCUUACUAUGUCCCGCUGAUGUCACUUCACCCAAAGAUUCAUCGCAGAUCUUUGAACGUAAACGAAGUUUCAGAAGGGCUCUUUCAACAAAGCUUCAAUCAACAAUUCACCUUGUCGCAUCAAAGAUGACCCGGGUAUCAAAAUCUCGCAGAGGAUGACUGCCUAUAAUAUGGACAAGAAAUGAAUCAGAGAUGCAGAUACAACAUAAACUGUUAAUGAGAGGGACAUUUUCCGAUGAUUUGGCGUCAGACCGUGCGUGCCGUGUUAUUUUUUAGACUUCUAUUAUCUUUUUUUUAAUAUUACAAUGAUAUGCAAAUAAUUUCUAAUCAAAAGAAUUGUAUACAUAUCUGAAAUAAAAGAUUCUUUCACAAAAAUGUACAAUCAACAA